GUUCCGUCAGCCGUGAGGUUCUGCUGGGAAUGUGUGGGCCUGGUGCAAGGCUGUCAACGUGAGCUGAUCUGGUGGGCUGUGGAGGGCUGAGAGAGCAGGCGUUUGGAGGAAAGGAGAUCACCCUGAGGUUGGAACCCCUCUCUGUCACCUGCCUGGGAUGCAAUGGAGGUCACGGCGGUGACCGACUUCACCCCGUCGCUGACGUACCGCGUGUUCUUCGCGGCACGGGAUGGCAUGACCAUCACGCUGUACGCGCUGCUGGCCGACAAGCCGGCCGAGUGCGUGCGCCGCGCCCUAAGCCAGACGGUGGAGGACGGCGGCCAGCAGUGCGCCGCGCUGCUCAUCGCCGCCCGUAACGGCCACAACAAAGCUGUCAAGGUGCUGCUGGAGAAGUUCGCGCCCGACAUCGAGCAGGAGGGGCGCGUCAAGUUCGACGACUUCAUCAUCGAGGGCGCCAGUCCGCUCUGGUGCGCCGCAGGCGCCGGCCACUUCGCCGUGGUGCGCACGCUGGUGGCGGCCGGCGCCGACGUGAACCACCCGACGGCGACGCUCUCGACGCCGCUGCGCGCCGCCUGCUUCGACGGGCGCCUCGACAUCGUCCAGUUCCUGGUCGAGCACGGGGCGGACAUACACCAGGCCAACAAGUACAAUAACACCUGUCUGAUGAUAUCCGCCUUUAAGGGCCAUGAAGAGAUCGUGCAGUACCUGCUGUCGCGCGGCGCCGAGCUGGACCGGCGCACAAACUGCGGCGCCACGGCGCUCCAUUUCGCCGCCGAGUGCGGCCACGUGGCCAUCGUGGAGCUGCUGCUGUCGCGCGGCGCCGCCCUGCUGCCCAACGAGCUGGGCCUGACGCCGCCGCUGGCCGCCGCCGAGCGCACGCAGGCGGCUGCCGUGCGCACGCUGCUCGACCGCUGCCCGCUCAGCGUGGCGCAGCGCGUCGACGUGCUCGAGCUGAUGGGCGCCACGUUCGCCAACGACAAGGACAGCUACAACCUGGAGCGCGCGGCCGAGCUGCUGCUGGAGGCGAUGCGGCUGCGGGAGGCGCACGGGCUGCGCAAACGGCAGGCGGCGCCGGUGGCGGCCUACGAGAACCACUGCGAGUGCCAGAGCCUGGCCGAGCUGGAGGGAAUCCGGGCGCAGCCGGACCAGCUGCACAUGGAGGGCCUGGCGAUCCGGGAGCGCGUGCUCGGCCCCACCAACCCGGAGAUCCCGCACGCCGUCAUCUACCGCGGCGCCGUGUUCGCCGACGCCGCUCGCUUCGACCGCUGCCUGGAGCUGUGGCUGCGCGCGCUCAGCCUCAAGCAGACGACGCGCACCACCGCCUCCAAGGACCUGCUGCGCUUCGCACAGGUGUUCUCCCAGAUGGUGUUCGUGGGCGUGUCGUUCUCUUUCGACUGCCUGAUCCAGGUGCUGGCCGCCUGUGUGCAGGAGAUUGAGUUCAACCUGGACAAGAUCGCCCACCCGGGCCCCAAGGACGAGCCGCCCGCGCUGCAGGAGGAGCUGGAGAGCAACAUGACGACAGUGCUGUACAUGCUGAUGAUCGCCAACCGGCUGAUGCCGUCGGCGACCGAGGCGCAGGGGUUCGAGGUGUACCGCUCCGGCUACCGGCUGUGCCAGCUGGGUCAGCUGACGCGGCGCGGGCGCAGUCUGCUGCACAUGGUGACCUUCGCUGACACGCCCGUCGACGACUUCCACACCAGUAGCAUCUGCAAGUUCCCGUGCUCGGCCACUGCCCGCCUGCUGAUCAGCUGCGGCGCCGACGUCAACUGCCGCGACGCCGAGGGCAACACGCCGCUGCACCUGAUCGUCGGCUACCAGAAGCCGAUCAGCGACUUCCGGACGCUGCACAGUAUCAUCGAGGCGCUGGUGGACGGCGGCGCCCACAUCGACGCCUGCAACCGCUCCGGCCUCACGCCGUUCGAGUCGGCCACUACAGGUGUGGCCGAAAUCAUUCUGCGCACCAAAUCGCAGAUGUCGCUCAAGUGUCUGGCGGCGCGCGUGGUGGCGCGCCACCGCAUCCCGUACUGCGGCGCCGUGCCACGUGACCUCGAGUCGUUCAUCGAGCUGCACGGGCCGGCCGGUCACGUGGACCGUGUCACUGGCGGCCGCGGUGACGACUCCCGGGUCAAGGCCAUCUGACGGCACCAGCCGGACCGCACGGGGCGGGGUGAGGGUUCGUGACCGGCGCCGCACAGGCACCGUUGGCAGUGUGGGCGAACGUUGCUGCGCCCUGCAGUUUUCGUUGAGAGUCUUGACGGGAAUCUCACCUGAACAUGAGCCCGGCUCCAGGCCGAUGGCUGCGGAAGGGAUCCGGUCCCCAGGAUCGGACCCCCUGACACCGGCGAUCGUGUGUGAUGGUUGACCUGGACCUCUGCCCCAACGCCACCUCAAAUCGUGAUAAUAGUUACAGCUUUCUUAACGCUGUCGGGAGGGAUAUGGAAGACGUAUUUGGUGUUCUCCGUUAUGUUUCGCCCUGUGAGCUUUUAUUUGGGUUGUGCAGCGCUUAACUCCGGUGUCGCGCCGCGACAAAAAGGUGCUCUAGUGCAAAUGCAAUGUUACCAUUUGCGCAAGUGUGCAUUGCGCAGGUAUCGUGUGCGGGCGCGGUUAGUGGGGAAGAUAAGGAGUGUUUGUGACUGUCCGCCAUUGCUGAGGGCAUGGGAACGCGGUGCUUCCUGUGCUGGGACGGGACGUGGGAUCGUGAUGCUUUGUCGGUGCCGCAGGAUGUGGGAUUGUGAUGCUUCGUCAGUGCCGCAGGAUGUGGGAUUGUGAUGCUUCGUCAGUGCCGCAGGAUGUGGGAUUGUGAUGCUUUGUCAGUGCCACAGGAUGUGGGAUUGUGAUGCUUUGUCGGUGCCCCAGGAUGUGGGAUUGUGAUACCGACGGUAGGGCGGAGGGGCUCUUCGUGCCUCCCCUCGCUGUGCACAGGUCUCGCGCGGGCCCGGACGGCCCGGACGUUCAUUCGCUUUCUGGUGACCGGGUCGCCGAAGGGGGUGUUACUGCCAAACCUCAUACCUAAUCUCAUGAACCUGGCACAAAUAUACGUCAUGACUACGUUCUCCUGUGCUUUCUUUGGUUUGGCUCAUAGACAAGAUCCC